GGCCCUUUAAGACGAGAGUCGUCGCUCCACUGGAGACCGUUGCGCGGUAUUCUCUCAGACUAUGAGCUAGAUGGAAUUAUAACAAUGGAAUAUCACUACGUUCUGUUUACUGUUUUGUUGCAGUUAAUCGUUCAACCAGCCAGGUCCAGGCCCACUAUCACCCCUGAAGGACCCCAACUCACGGUACCCCUGAACAGCGACUUCAGCUUGCAUUGUCAGAGUGACAGUUCAGUGCGCUGGCUGCGAGAAGACCGCCCCACACGAAUCCUUAAGGAACAAAGGCAGGGUCAAGUGACAGUUCUUAAAGUGAGCAAAGCAGGCCCACAACACAUGGGCAAAUAUUCCUGCCAAGAGGAGGAAUCUGGUGAAAAAAGCUCAAUCUAUGUGUAUGUAAAAGCAUUCCUCUCAGCAGAUCCUGAAAAUCCCUUCAGGAGGAACAUCGUGUUUGACUUUGUUGCGGGACAAGGGGAGAUGAUCACGCUCCCAUGCUUGGCCACAGACCCACGUAUGACAGACUUGCACCUUCAAAAAUGUGACGGACAGCCCCUGCCCAACAACCUCCGAUAUUCAUCCAGUAUUGAGACGGGCAUAACAUUGGAAGAUGUCAGGAAGGACUUUGAGGGAUGUUACAUCUGUGUCGGGACUCUGGAAGGCAACACCGUUAAAUCCGGUCAAUAUCAACUCAAUGUCCGCCUCGUUCCAGACGCACCUCCUGUGAUCACACUGGGUCGGCCUCAGAGAGUGCUGCUAGUCCAGGGGGAAGAGCUCGCCCUCUCCUGCAGCACCUCAAACGUCAACAGUGACAUCACAAUCAGGUGGAAGGCUCCCCAUGGAGUGCAACCUUCAGUGCAGCAGUUCUCAAGAAUCCUGACCGAACCCAUUUCUCACCUGAGGAAUGCCACCCUAAAUCUGGGGUCUGUGACCAUGCAGGAUGCAGGGAUUUACAACUGCGAGGCCAGGAAUGAAAGAGGGACCAGUGCAAAGACAGUCAUGGUCGAAAUCUUUGAUAAAGGCUUCAUUAACGUAACAAGUGUGAAUAACAGCACUAAAAGAAUGCGGGCUGGAGAAAGUCUGUCCCUGCGUGUGGUAAUGGAUGCUUACCCGAAACCUCAUGCAUUUUCCUGGAGCUACAGUGGGGUAAAACUCACCAACACUACUGAUCAUGUCAUUACCAGCCGCUCACAUGGGAAUAGUUACACCAGCGAGCUGAAGCUAGUACGUCUCAAAGUGUUAGAAAGUGGCGUUUACACAUUUUCAUGCUCAAACCGAGACGCAACUGUCCAUCAAACGUUUGAAGUCCACGUCAUAAGUAAACCACAGAUUGUGUCCUAUGAAGGGCCAAUUGAUGGACAGGUGCGCUGUGUGGCUGAAGGUUACCCUACUCCUCAGAUUAAGUGGUUUUACUGUGACCAACCUCAUUCAAGAUGCUCCAAUUUGCUGAAUGCCACUCAGGAGGAGGAGGAUGUUGUCACUGUAACCAUGACAAAUCCCCCCUUUGGGAAAGGCACAGUGGAAAGUCGACUAAACAUCACCAAGAACAGUUACGCCACCCUUGAAUGUGUGGCAUCUGCCAAUGGGGAAAUCGUUUACACACUCUUUGCUAUCAGCGAAAACACUGUUCCUCAUGAACUCUUCACACCAUUGCUCAUCGGUUUUGUUGCUGCGGCUGUUAUCCUGGUUCUCAUCCUGAUUGUGCUAUCCUACAAGUACAUGCAGAAACCUAAAUACCAAAUACAGUGGAAAGUCAUAGAAGGUAUCCAUGGAAAUAGUUAUGUGUAUAUUGACCCCACCCAGCUUCCAUACGACCACCAGUGGGAGUUUCCCAGAGAUAAGCUGCGUUUUGGAAAAACUCUAGGAUCUGGAGCAUUUGGGAAGGUGGUAGAGGCCACUGCUUAUGGGAUGUCCAAAGCAGACACUGUGAUGACCGUUGCUGUGAAGAUGCUCAAACCAAGUGCCCAUGCCACCGAGAAAGAGGCUCUGAUGUCAGAGCUGAAGGUGCUUAGUUAUCUUGGCAACCAUAUUAACAUUGUCAAUUUGCUGGGGGCCUGCACUGUUGGAGGUCCAACUCUAGUUAUAACGGAGUACUGCUGUUUUGGUGACCUGUUGAACUUCCUGCGCAGAAGGAGAGAAUCCUUCUACUUCACUACACUGGGAGAAGACUCUUACUAUAGAAACGUCAUGCUGCAGCCAGAGCCAAAUGAGAGCAGGAAUGGAUACAUGACCAUGAAGCCCUCGGUAAUGGGACUUCUGUCCUCUGAAAACCGAAGAUCACUUAAUAAAGGUGAUUCAUACAGCGAUUCAGAUGCCGUUAGUGAGAUUCUGCAGGAAGAUGGCAUGACUAUGGACACUGAGGAUCUUCUUAGCUUCUCCUACCAAGUAGCCAAAGGGAUGGAUUUCCUGGCAUCCAAGAACUGUAUUCACAGAGACCUGGCAGCCAGAAACAUUCUUCUCACCCAAGGCCGGGUGGCCAAGAUCUGUGACUUUGGACUAGCCCGGGACAUCACUACUGACUCAAACUAUGUUGUUAAGGGCAAUGCUCGUCUCCCGGUGAAGUGGAUGUCCCCCGAGAGCAUCUUUGAGUGCGUGUACACCUUUGAGAGUGACGUCUGGUCUUAUGGUAUCCUGCUGUGGGAGAUCUUCUCUCUUGGCAGUAGUCCUUACCCUGGAAUGCCUGUGGACUCUAAAUUCUAUAAGAUGAUCAAGGAAGGAUACCGAAUGGAGUCACCGGAGUUUGCCCCGAGUGAAAUGUAUGAGAUCAUGCACUCAUGCUGGGAUGCCGACCCCUUCAAGAGACCUUCAUUCGGCAAGAUAGUUGAGAAGAUCGAACAGCAAAUCUCAGACAGCACCAAACAUAUUUACUUAAAUUUCAGCUCCAGAUUGCCUGCAGCACCGGGGUCCCAUGAGGGGUCCAGUUCUCACGUCCAGCGGCUGAACUCAGUCGGCACUCACAGCACCACUACUCAGCCCCUGCUCUCCAGCAAUGAUGUUUACUUUGAAGGGACAAGUUCACGUCACCCUCCGGUCUGAAGAUCAAUUCUCAGCAAAAACCAGGCAUUCCAGCAGAUGCCAUUCAUCUCUCUUUGCCCUGGCUAAGUGUCAUUGUAGCUCUCUGACAUACAUGAGGACACUGGUGGAAAACAAUGAUCAUAAAUCUCUUUUUGGAUCCAAGAGCAGUCAUAUUCCUUUUAGUCACCUUUCUCGCAGAUUGUGUAUAUAUGCCCCCUGCCAGAAAAGACAGUGAUGGUGUGCGUUCCUAUUAACAUUUCAUGAAUUCGUUGGAACGAUGGGAUAUUUAUCAUUUUUGAGAAAGCUUAUAAUCAAUGCUGGUAUCAUUCCAUGGUACUAUAUCUCCAGCGUGAGUCUGCAAGAUGACUGAACUUGUUUUCUGUAGAAUCCCUUUGCUUUAUUAUAUGGGAUAUGUAAACACACAAUAACACUUCUUUUGCUAAUUGUCAAGUCUUUACAAGUUAAGUGACAGAAGUCUGAUUCAAGAAACAGGCUGAUUCAAGUCCGAGACUAAAAGAAAUCAUCACAGAGAAAACAAUGGAAAUGACUUUCCUAAAACAUUUCUGACGUCUUUUUGACAUGAUUGUCAUGUCAUUGUCAGUAGUAAAAGAGCCUGCCGUGAGUGGAAAUUGGUUAUUUUCUAAUCAACUAUUCUGCAGGUCAUUCAGCUCGUAAAUUCAGAUAUCACCCACAUAAAGGCUACACUAUUUGGAAACUAUAUGUAUAAGCAGCAAUAACUCAGCAUCGUAACAUUGACAGAAUGAUCAUGUUGCUGCCCAAGCCAAAAACAAGCUACCAAUUGCAUGUUGCGUUCAGGAUAAUAUUUUGUCAGUUGGCAGCUGAGACUGUUUUUCUGUUUAAAUAGACCAAAUUAAGGUGCAUUUCAGUUCAAUGUCAGGAAAGAUGUUGAGGCACGUAGAGGCAAUUCAUCACACUUCAUCGUUUACUUUGAACACUCAGUGAAAUUUUGGUUACAUAGCAGUAUUAUAUUAUUGGCUUGUGUUGUGUUGUUCCUUCCAACCAGGAAGUGUAAUUUAGGACAGUAAAAUGAUCCAGUCAAGCAGCAAUUCAAGCUUGAGGCAUCAAACUUUUAGACAGUGUUUCUUUUAGGGAUCACAUUAGAAUGCUUCGUCCACUUGUGUUUUAAGGAAAAUAUUUGGUAAAGAAUACUUAUUUGUAUGGCACAGACAUAGCUUGUUUCAACACAUUCAAAAUGCUUCGAGUUGUUUUACGCAUGAUGUGGUUCCGUAAUAGUGGACUGUAGAAGAUCAGUAGCUUCUGUAGCAUCGGUUUUGUUCUUUAUUCCAGUUCCAGUGAUCUACAUUUUAUCCUUCAUGAAACUGGAAGACAUAGCGAGUAGUGUUCUCUUGUACAUUUGUAAAUGUUUUGCUGGCUUUUUCUUUCACGUCAAAUUUUGUGCAUAAAAAGUAAGGUAGGAUUCAGUAGUUAUGUCAUCGCUCUGCUUUCUCGUGUUUGCGGAAAUCGCAGGUUAGCAUUUCCUACAGACUUGACUCAGUUACUCUGACUUCUACUUAUCACACCAACUGUUGUGCCUGAAACGUUUUCUCUCCUCUUUAGCCAAUGAGAAUCGUGCGGUUGAAGGUUGAGCCAAUAGAAAGCUGCAGCUGCUGUGUAGAAAAAUGGGUGCCAAUGGCUUCUUGCUCUCCGUAGGAUUAGCCAAUGAAGGAUCUGCCAAUAGAAGGGUGGCUUUCAGAUGGAGGACAAAAAGUGCGGCUUUCUGUUACUUAGAUGAGCCAAUAGGAUUCUCAUUCCACUGCCAAAGAGAAAAGGGCAGAGUUGGGUCUGAAUAGGAGCUACGCACUGAAUGCUUCAGUCGACACCAACCAUAGAACAUCAGUAGUCUGGGCACUCAGUCAGUAGCUCAUUCCCCUGGUCUCCCUCUGUUCUUUGUGUCCAGCUGCUUCCUCCGGCGGAUGUCUCACUUCCACAAAGUCUCAGCCGGGGAGAUCCAACUCGGCCCGUCUCCCAUCUCCACCGCUCCCCUCUUCCUUCUCGCCACACUGGAACAUUGUUCCUGAUGGCACUGGCUUUCGCAUCCAUUUGCGCUAAUGUGUUUUGCGUGUGUGUGGGAGCGUGUGUGAAUGUGUAAAUGCAGGUCAUUUGCUGUUAAAAUACCGGAGCACUGAUGGGUUCCUCUUGUAGAACGACUGCAGUUAAUGAACUUCAGAUUGUUUGAAUGAUAGUGCUGAAGCAAUCUAUGUUCAGCUGCUACAUACAUUCCAUCACUGUUUGCUCUUUUCUUAUAUGUAAAUAAUAUAAAUAUAUAUCAUAAUGUUGCUUUUGUUUUGUUAUCACGGUACGUUCUCAUGUGCUGAAAAGAUUUUUGUAUGUUACAGUUUGUCAUUGACAUGAUCAUCUUCUGUCGUUAUAUUGCCUCUUGAUUCAUUUAUUCAUAAGUGCAGUUUUCAGACACAGGUACAGUUGGAUUUAUAUUUAAUCCAUUUAUGUUAUAUUCAGCGUUGCUUGUCGUUUCAGUAUUUUCAGUGAUUGUAUGACCGAUGACUGGAGGAAGAUACGUGAAAACUAAACGCAGACGGUCCAGGAAUUCCAUUUGUGAGUCAUUUAACAGUUCUCGUAAGUGAUUGAAAGGUUUUUGGUCCCUGAAAAGAUUGUUUGUUUAAUGUAUUUUAUUGUAUAUUUAUUUUACAGUUUUUAUUUUCGAAAACAAAUGUGCAAAUUCUGUGUGUAGCUCUUGUUACUUCAGUAUGUAAAUAAAUAACUGAAAACAUCAA